CGCCGGGCUCGCCUCUCCACCUCCUGCGGAUCAACACCGAUCGAUAUUCAUUCACGGCGAGCCUUCUGUCCGCUUCUCCCUAGUUCAGUCGCGAGCGACCUACCUCACGCAGCGCGGCGCGUCGCUUCCUUCACGGCGGCGGGGGGCGAGCAUGCAGGCGGUGGCGGGCAUCCGGCGGGGGCUGACCAUAGACCCGGCCGGGGAGGAGGAGGCGCCGGCGCAGCGGUUCGGGCGGCUGGUCCGGGAGAGCCCCGUGGUCAUCUUCGCGCGCCGCGGCUGCUACAUGGCGCACGUCAUGAAGAGCCUCCUCGCGGCCGUCGGCGCGCACGCCACCGUCAUCGAGCUGGAGGGCCCCGCCGAGGAGCGCGCGGCGGUGGAGGCCGGCGGCCACGCGGCCGUGCCGGCGCUCUUCGUGGGCGGCGCGCCGGUGGGCGGCCUGGAGGGCCUCAUGGGGCUCCACCUCAGCGGCCUCCUCGUCCCACGCCUCCGAGAGGUCGGCGCCCUCCGCGCCUAGCUACCAGCCGCCGGAUCCUCUACUCCCCGUCUCCGGCGACUCUCUCGCACGUGCGCGCGCAUGCUUCGUCUCCGUCUCCGUCUCCGUCUCCGUCUCCGUGUAUGUACAUAUGAAGGGAACCAUGAGCUCUGUAAUUCCAAGACUAUCAAGGGUGUGGAGUGAGAAACAACAGGAUAAAUAAGCUGUACCGCACGAGUAAGAAGACAACGAGAUGAACUCUAGCCUAGCGGGGGUGUCGUGACAAAAAAGGCUGGACCUAAAUGUGAUUAUUACUUUACUUAGGAGUACUCCAGCUGUGUUGAGUUUCACAGACAUCAUCAGCAACUUAGCUGUUUGAGAAAAAAAAUCCCUCCUUGCUCGCCCACUUGUUUAAAAUCUUGCUUCUGUUUU